GGGACCGCGAGAUGACAGCAACCGAUGGUUAGAGACCCUGAAUGACAUGGCUCAAAAUCGUUUGCAAUGGCGCAGGUGCAUCCACUCUCUGUGUUCUCCCAAAUUCUAAUCUUCUGAAUUCUUCAUGUCCCUUUUUUUCCUCUUUCCAAAUUUCUUUCACUGGAUUAUACUCUUUAAAUAACAUCUCCAAACCCUAAUCUUCCCGAUUACUGCUUAUACUCUUAUUACCUCUACCACUACGGGAUUUGAAUCGACAAGUGCAUCUCUGUGCUAAUGUGGUGUGGCAACUCGAACUGAUGUACGUACGUACGAAGUUCUACGUUGUUACUGACUGACUGACUAUUCUUAGUGGGGUGAAUAUGCGUAAUAGUCACUUAAAUCACCUUAUUCGUCAAAUGUUUAAAUUAUAAGUUUCAAGAAAUCCUAUUUAAUAAGACACGCUCCGACUGUUAUUCAGAUAAUCUUUUAAAGCUUUUGUGAUAUAAUUUUGAUCAUUUUAUGUAGGUGACAAAACUUCAAGAACAUGAUCGCCGGCUUCAAUGUGAAAUGUCUCGUAUGGUUUCAGUGCACGAACGGCAACAAGCUGUAUUAAAGCGCCGUAUUGAAGCUGCUGCGGCUGCUGAACGUCGACUUAAAGAAUUGUUGUUAUGUCGAAAGGCUAUUAGAAAUGGACGUGAUAAAUGUGUAUCAGAAGGGAACAAUGCUAAAAAGUAAGAAAGUAUUUUAUUUUGUGAAUGAAUGUACAUUUGUCCUUUAUACUAAUAAUAACAAUCUUGUUCUCACUAGCGACUAACGUCGAGAGGUAGUUCCCAGAAUUCCAGUGAAGGUCGUGGAUUAGUCGGGUCCACUUGUAUAGGUUAUAAGGUGUUGCUAGAUAGUUGCUCAAUAUCGCUUAUUGAAUAAUAUGAAAAAUUAAAAACUGUUGAAUAAGGACUAGUCCAAAAGCUAAGCACUUGUCACGAGACUUUAAGUUCUUAAGCCUAAUCCUCGGUGUGGUCGUGGAUGCUCAUUGCGUCCCAUUCUAGUACCAAACAACAUUCAAAUACUUUCUGGCUUUUUUUAAUGAUUGUCCAUCUAAGGAUAGGCCAUGAUAUAAACUAUAAUAUCCCACGUCUAUCUGCUUUAUAUGAUUGUUUAAAACUGGCAUAAAUUUUGGUCAAAAUAUCUUCAAAUUUACUGUCUAUCACAAGCAUUAUUAACUCGAAAAGUCGGGGAUUCAGUCAUUUAGUCCUAGUUUAGAACCCGUGUACAAUGCUCCAUGUUAGUCAUAGUAGGAAUCAGUCGUCAAGAAGCUAGAUGUAGAAAAAUAUCUGGUGAUUCUUCCCAAAGGGCAGCUGUCCACGCAAUAUUAAGAAAUAUCUAUAAAACUCAUGAACAAGCUCAAAAUCUAAUAUAGAAAUCCACAAGCCGAUUAUUUUACUAUAUAUGAAGGACAUCAGAAAGUACAACCUGAUUUUUGAGGCUCUCUAGUGUAUAGGUAUGGCUCAUAAACCUGCAAAAUAAUUUCGAUAAAUAUUAUACAAACGAUAAAAUGAAAUGAUCUAAGAAAAUAAGUUGGAUAUCAUGUAAAAAAUAGACUGCUCCAACUGUAAUAAAAAGUACAUCUGGCACGAUAGCCCCGAUCUUACUCUUUGUUUACAUGAACACCAGUUACGUGUUAAAGGUCACGACGUAUUUUCAUUUACGUCAAUGUAUGAUGGCAAUUGCGUAUACGCGUUUGACUGUGGAACGGUAUCUUGGACUGAGGCAACACAAGGAAGGCCAGAAAAUUAUUUAGAAUCUCAGUUCUCAGUUUAAUUUGUAGUCAAGAGAUUUUUCAAAACAGAAUCAAUUUAUCACUCAUUUGAAGCUAUAAUAAAUCAAGGUGAACACAUAAGGAAUGAUCGAUCAAAGACUGACAACAAUCAAGAGCAAAGCUGACAGGAUAGGUCAUUUAGAGAAAUUCCGAUAGCUCACCUCUAUCUGAAGUUCGUGUUAUCAAGAAAGACUGUGAAAGCCCCAUGAUUAAAUCACCCAGCUGCGAGGAUGCAACUCCCUAAAUAUUCUCAGUACUUAGUUUUUCUUAUUAUCAUUACCAUUUGAUUAUUUCGAUUUCUUUUGCUAUUUAUUUAUCGAAUUUCAUUUCGGGGGAAAUACUGAGAUCUAACACUAGUUUAUUUCGAGGCUUGCCUUUCCACAUGUUUGACAUCAUAAACGAUGGAAUUAGCUUGAUGCAAUUACCGAACAUGAUGUUGUACACUUUCAAAAAGAAAUAACUAGCGAAUUCUUUAGGUUAAAAAUACACAUUGAUAUGAGUGUUUUCAUCAAUUCUAGAUUAGCAUAUCGAAAUUAAACAGAAACACACAAAUAUAUCAGGUUAAUUAAUGCGUCGAAGAGCGUCUUGAUAUGAUGUUAUUUUCACUAUUUCCUGGAAAAUCAUUUACUUUUCAGUGGUGAAUUAUGACUAGUUAUCUGUUCUGUGCAUUUUACAGUUAUCAUGUAGAUUAGACUGAAACACGACUAACCUGUAUGUAACUGGAUGUGGAUAUAUGUCCAUACUAAUUAUAUGCUCAUGGUAUGUUUCUUCAAAAUAUUGCAUAUUUACGUUAGUGUUGUAAACUCGGUGAAAAAAUACCGACCUUUGAAUUUGAUUUAUCAAUAUCAGAAUGUGUUACUCACCGUCAUCAUUCAAAAUUUCUCUACAUUUUGCUUGAUCUCAGCUCUAUUCGCUUUUGAGUUUAUCAUCACUCUCUCAAUAAGAUACUUGAGUACAUACAGUUAACCCAUGAUAUAUCGAUUUCCGCGUGUCAGGCUUCGAGUUUUAUUAUGCUGACCAGAUACUUGUACUACGUGCAUGUCGGUAUUUGUUAUAUUCAGUUCUUUUAUAAGCACAACUUCUUUUGUGACUUUCAGUGUAAAUGUUCGUUCCAUAGUUUAAACUAUCUAAAUUCUUAUCCCAUUAAUUAGAUUCGAUUUGGCUGCACGAGUUCGUGCUUGGGUCAAAACAGAUUUAGAUGUCCAAAUCAGUAUGGAUACUGUUAGAUAUCAUCUGAGUCAGUUUAUGGAUUCACGUAAAACACUGUGUGAUCGAUUGCGCACGAUCGAAGCCAGAAUGGAAAGUUGCCGACAAGAUGGUAAACCUUAUGAUAUGUAUAUUGAAGAAAUGAACAGUCUAACUGAAUCGAUUCAAUGUCAAACACAAGUGAUUAGCGAUUUGCAACAAAAACUUAUGGAUGCCGGUGAAAUAUCGUUGACAGAUGCCUCCGGUUCACCUCAUUCGACUGGUCAAAUACUCUCAUCUCGUUUAUCCCAACUACACAGCAUCCAAGAGGCACGAAUAGCUUUGAAAUAUCUAUUCAGACAAGUAGGUUGUACUUUUUAUUCUUUUCUAACCAGACUGACCAAUUGAUGAAUCUUUCCAAAUGGUAUAGGAUUUUUACGUCGACUUAAGAACUUCACAAAUGGAUUCGAGUACUUGUGUUUCAGUGGAAAACUUAUCAUUCCAACUUACAUUCUCCUCAGAUUUUCGUUUCUCUGUCAUUAGUUGAGAUUCCAAUUCACAUAUUUGAGUUUCUAAAUUAAUCUUAGAAACUUCAGAUGACGAUGCCUAUGAAAUAAAUAAAAAGAGCGAGAAUAAGCAAAAUAAAGAACUGUUGACUAGUCAAAUCAGAUCACUACAUUUUUAUAGAGAAUAAAUAAGUGGAAUUCAUAUCCUAUUGGCACUACUUUGCGAAGCCUGUUUACAGAAUCGACAUUCUGCUGUAACAUACAUCAUUAAAUU